AUGUCUGCUAAGAGGCUUGUUGUUGCCGGAGGGAGCGGCUUUUUGGGAUCAAGAAUCUGUAAAUCAGCAGCAGCGAGGGGAUGGUCGGUCGUAUCCUUAAGUCGAUCAGGCGAGCCCAAAUGGAAAGCAGUCACGGAAUCCCCGGAGCGCCCCGGUUGGGCAAGCUCUGUGGAAUGGGCCAAGGCAGACAUGCUGAAGCCAGAGAGCUAUAAGCCAUUUCUCGGUGGGGCGAGUGCUGUGGUUCACUCCAUGGGGAUUCUUCUAGAGGCAGAUUACAAGGGUGUGGUCCAAGGAAGAGAACCGAUCAUUGGAGGUCUACAACGGGCAUUUACCUCGUCGAAGAUGGGAAGUCAGAAUCCACUUUCCCGACGGGAGGGCGAGCCUCUCAGGCCACAAGAGAAAGAUGGUCAAUUAACUUAUGAAUUGAUGAACCGUGAUUCAGCUAUUGCGCUAGCUCAAGAAGCUUCGAACGAGAAGGUUCCCGCUUUCGUUUUCAUCUCUGCUGCAGCGGGUGCACCAAUCCUCCCUGCUCGAUACAUCACCACCAAGAGAGAAGCUGAAGAGGCCAUCGCGGCUAAUUUACCAGAGCUGCGCAGUAUCUUUAUGCGCCCCGGGUUCAUGUUCGACAGCAGUCGAAAAUUCACUCUGCCAAUAGCCCUAGGUGGCUUUGUCGCUUCGGAAGUCAACAACUUUCUGGGUAAAAGACUUAGUUUCCUGGGCUCUAUGGCUGAGAAGCCAUUGAAAGCUGAUACCGUUGCAGAGGCGGUGGUCGAGGCAUUGGAAGAUGAAUCAACGAGGGGUGCUGUGGGGACGAAGCAGAUUGAAGCAUUGGCAACAAAGGCUUGGAGAAAGAGCAUGCUUUGA